ACCAAAGCGUUAGAAGAGCAAGCAAGAGCGAAGACAAAGCUUUGCUGCAAUGGAUCCAGAAACCCACCACCGGAAGCGCCACCGCCCCCACGUCGCCUCCAUCCCCACCACCGCCGCCUCCAUCCCCACCACCGCCGCCUCCUCCCCUCCUCCUCCCGGAAACAGAGCAGACGAAAAGAAGCGCGAACCUGACGACGGCGACCUCCUCCUCGUGCUCUCCGAACCGGCUGGGUGGCUCGUCCGGGCGGCGGCUGCCCAAGCGGAGCUCAUCUUCUCCGCCCUUCUAUCCCUUGCCGCCCCCAUCAUCGCCCUCCACGAGGACUCCAAGGCCGCCCCUAUCCGCGCCGCCCGCAGCGGCGCCGCCCUCCUCCGCCGCCUCGCCGCAGGCCUCCUCGGGGCUGCCAGAGCCGCCGUGGUCCUUGUCGCCGUCGCAUUCGCCGCCAUUCUGCUAGGUGUCGGCCUGGUCCGGCUGUGGGUCGGGGAGCCCGUGUCGGUGCGGCAGCCCCUCCACUUCGACUAUACCGAGGCCCACCCGAGCGCCGUCGCCGCGCUUGGCGGCGCCGAGCGGAGGGGGAGGCCGGUGCCCGCCGGCCAUACCGCCCGGGCCUCGCUCGUGCUCAUCAUGCCCGAGUCCGAUUAUAAUCGCUGGAUUGGUGUGUUUCAGGUAACCGCAGAGGCUAUUGCACCUAAUGGAGACACUAUAACAACAUCAAGCCAGCCAUGCAUGCUAAGGUUCAGAAGCCUACCUGUUCGAUUGAUGCGGACGUGUCUAAUGGGAAUCCCUCUUUUAAUGGGGAUAUGCACCGAGAGCCAGAAAGUAACCAUGGAAGUACUGAGAUAUAAGGAAACCGGUCGGAGAACUGAGGCAAUUAGAGUGAGGUUAAAACCGAGGGCUGGAACAACUGAUCUACCACAACUAUAUGCAGCAGAGAUCUUCAUGACCUCUCAGCUCCCAUGGGGAAAAGAAUUGGUUUACAAUUGGAAGUGGUCGUUCUAUGUGUGGACUUCACUUUACAUGUACAUUAUGCUUCUGAUUCUCUGCUAUUGCUGGUUCAAACCAUUCUCUCUUACAAGGCAUGAAAGUUUUGCAGCCGACCGACCUUCCGAAGGUGAGGAGGAUAUGAUGGAUACCUACAAAAAGGAUGGGGAGAUCUCUGAUGAUAUGCCUAAAAUCUUGAAGAGAUGGCGUGAGCGGAGGAGCAAGAGGAAGGCUCCAUUACGAGAGAUGCAAUUGCCAGAGCUUAUUGAGGGUUCAGCUUCAAGCAAUGUAGGAGGGACAGGGGAAGUUAUUGAGGAUUGUGGUGACUUUGAAGCCUCCGAAUCUUCGGAAUGUGUUGGUGGUUAAGUUGUUCUACAAUCUUCAGUAGACAUGUUAUGUGUGUAAAAGUAGAUGAUCAAGUUGCACUUGAAUGUUGUUCCUUUUGUAAAUAUUGUUCCUUACCGAAUGCUAAUUUUUCUAUUAAAAAAAGGCUUCUUUACUGAA